AGUCAUGGCGUCGGACAGGCGGGAGCGUUGGAAAUUUGUCUGCCUGUUAGCAGUGGUGUUGCCGGCUCUCGCGCGCUGCGAAGGAAACCAAGUCGUUCUCCUGGACACAACGACAGAAAGCAUCCUGAACUGGACGCGGUAUCCUUACGGUCCACAGGCGAGAACACCGGGGUGGGUAGAGGAGAGCUUCACCAACUUCGAGCAAGGCAUCAACUGGCGGUCGUACGUGGUGUGCGACGUGGCCUACGAAAACGUGAACAACUGGCUGUGGACGCCGUUCAUCGAGCGUGGCCCCGCGCACCGCAUCUACAUCGAGCUCAAGUUCAGCAUGCGCGACUGCAACCUGUUCCCGGGCAUGGCGCUCUCGUGCAAGGAGACCUUCUCGCUGCUCUACUACGAGUUCGACGCGGCCACGCGCGAGCCGCCGCCCUGGGAGCCGGAGUCGUACCGGCCCGUGGACCGCAUCGCCGCCGACGAGGGCCGCUUCACCUCCAACGCCGAGGUGAUCAUCAACACCGAGGUGCGCUCUGUGCCGGUCACCAAGAAGGGCGUCUACUUCGCCUUCAGGGACCAGGGCGCCUGCCUCUCGCUCAUCGCCGUCAAGGUGUACUACAUGGUGUGCCCGAACGUGACCACCUCCCUGGCCCACUUCCCGGAGACGCCGACGGCGAGCGAAGUGACGGCCAUCGUGGCCACCGAGGGCCAGUGCGUGGCCAACGCCCGGGUCUCCCAGGCGCCGCCGCGGAUGCUGUGCAAGGGCGACGGCAACUGGACCCUGCCGUCGGGGGGAUGCGCCUGCCUGCCGGGCUUCAGGGCCGUCGGGAGCUCCUGCCAGAUGUGUCCCCCCAGCACAUUCAAGCCAAGCUCGGGAGAUGGGCCGUGCCUGCGUUGCCCUUCAUACAGCAUCGCGCCUCAGGCGGGCUCCACAGAGUGCCGCUGCAAAGAUCGCUACUUUAGGUCUCCCACUGACCCCAAGACUAUGCCUUGCACUCAACCUCCUCGGGCACCUCAGAACCUGAGUGCAAGCUGCGUGGACCAGUCUUCGGUGACGCUGAGCUGGCAGGCACCUUCUCACCAGGGCGGCCGAGAAGACACCACGUACCGCGUCGUCUGUGACAUGUGCAGUCCCAGCGUCACAUUCUCACCUGCCCGGCAAGGCUUCAAUGAGACCAGUGUCACGGUCACUGGUCUACGGCCCGUGACCGCUUACCGGUUCCAAGUGUAUGCUGAGAAUGGUGUAUCGGGCUUUGACAAGGGCCAUUACGCCGAGAUCACCGUCAAGACCGAUGCCCUUGUGCAAUCGGUCAUCUCCAACGUGCGUGCGAAGGCCAUCAAGAGUACGGAGGUGCUGCUGGCCUGGGACGCCCCCCAGGACCCGUUCCCAGAGGUGGAGCGCUACGAGGUGCGCUUCUUUCCCCGCAAGUGGGCCAAGAACGAGACGGUGCUGCAGUCGCACAAGCUCCAGCUGGCCGUCACGGGGCUGCGUUCACGCAGCGAGUACGGCUUUCAGGUGCGCGUCAAGACCACCCGGGGCUUCGGCGAGUACAGCGACACUGUCUACCUCACCACCGGCCAGUACACCCACAGUCCCGCUCUGGUGGGAGAUGAAGACAAGGUUCAAGUCCGCAUCAUUGCUGGCGCCACUGUCGCUGUCGUCAUUCUAGUCAUCAUCGUCAUUGUGAUGAUCAUCCUCUACAUCAAACGGAGUUCAGACGACUGCAACAAGAAGCAACCCAGUGAUUGUGAUACCCUCGAAUACCGUAACGGGGAAGUAGUGCCAGCUUUGGAACAUCCUCCCAUAGUUCAAACAGCACGGCUGACGACGCCCCUGUUCACCCACUGCACCGGCGCCGCUUCGAGAGCCUAUGUUGACCCCCACACCUACGAGGACCCCAACCAGGCAGUGCGCGAGUUCACCAAAGAAAUCGACGCACUCCAUAUCACCAUCGAGGCCAUUAUUGGCGGUGGGGAGUUUGGCGACGUGUGUCGCGGCAAGCUCAAGUGUCCUGGCCGGCCUGAGGUCACAGUUGCCAUCAAGACUCUGAAGCCAGGGUCCUCGGACAAGGCUCGCAUGGACUUCUUGACCGAAGCCAGCAUCAUGGGCCAAUUUGACCACCCCAACGUCAUCUUUCUUCAAGGAGUAGUCACCAAAAGUAACCCCAUCAUGAUUAUCACCGAGUACAUGGAGAAUGGAUCGCUCGACACCUUCCUGAGGGCCAAUGACGGGAAAUUUCAAGUUAUUCAGCUGGUUGGAAUGCUCAGAGGAAUUGCAGCUGGCAUGCAAUACCUUGCGGAAAUGAAUUAUGUUCAUCGGGACUUGGCAGCCAGGAACGUGCUCGUCAAUGCCAAUCUCGUGUGCAAAAUUGCCGACUUUGGCUUGUCACGUGAGAUCGAAAGUGCAACCGAAGGAGCGUACACCACCAGGGGUGGAAAGAUCCCCGUGCGGUGGACUGCCCCCGAGGCCAUCGCGUUUCGCAAGUUCACUUCGGCGAGCGACGUCUGGAGCUUCGGAAUUGUGUGCUGGGAGGUGAUGUCUUACGGGGAGAGGCCAUACUGGAACUGGUCCAACCAGGAUGUCAUCAAGAGCAUCGAGAAGGGCUACCGGCUGCCAGCACCUAUGGACUGCCCGGAAGCUGUGCACCAGUUGAUGCUGGACUGCUGGCAGAAAGAUCGGUCCCACAGGCCUCAAUUCACGAACAUCGUAAAAACACUGGACAAGCUCAUACGCUGCCCCGAAAGCCUACGAAAAAUUGCUCAGAACAGGCACCAGAACCCACUAGACCCCAAUGCGCCGGACAUGACGCAGUUCAAGACGGUGGAGGAGUGGCUGUGCAGCAUCAAGAUGACGCGCUACCUCGAGAGCUUCCAGCGGAGCGGCUUCUCCAGCAUGGAGGCCGUCUCCCGGCUCACGCUCAAGGACCUCACUGCGCUGGGCGUGGUCUUGGUGGGCCACCAGAAGAAGAUCAUGAACAGUGUGCAGACGCUGCGGGCGCAGAUGAACGCCACCAUGUCGGACGGCUUUCUCGUUUAGGGAGAACGGCCCUCCGUAGGGACAAACAAACGGACCGCUUUGAUCUCGCACCAACCCUAACUUAAAGAGGCAAGCUCCGAGGAGGGAGGAGAAAAAAAGCCUUAAGAGAAAAAGGCGUCGGCAAACAAAAACACGAGUGCGCAUUGCUAUGCAACACGUUGCAACGAGUUUGCGUCGACCUGUGUUCCGCGGCUAAGGAGGGAACCUGCGUGUGUAAAUAUUUGUGAACAUCUUUUGCAUAUCAUGGCAACGAGCGGGCGGAGAGACACACUCGUCUCGUGUGCCCCAUUCCCGUUCUGCAUAUCACAUCGACCUGUGCGUGUGUGAGUGCGUGCAUCGUCCUGUCCUCGUCCUCGUCGACCGAAGACGGCGGGCUGGAGGAAGAUGACGGAAAAAAGUGGACGUCCGCAUUUGUCGGAGGUUCGCACCGCUCCAUAUCAGACUGCCUCUUUUUUCUGUUUUUUUUUUUCUUGCUGGGUGUUGUUUAUUUUCAAACUUUUAAAAAACUCGAUUGUGUGUUGAAGCUCACUUCAGCUUGUGAUGUUGACAUUCUCUAGUAUAGAAACUGUGGUUCAAUUAUUUUUUUUUUAACUGCUAUUAUUAAGCAGUGCAAACAGUGACUCCUGUUGAGCUGGAGUUUGAUUAAUGUUCCCAUUCCUGUUCAUUUUUUUUUUCUUUUCCGCAUUGGAUGGAACAACAUUUAGGGUGGUUUCUUCACGUUUUAAUUUGAGACGGCGAAGGGUUUUAAGGAAGUCAUAGCAGGAUCAUGGGCUCUCCUUGGAGCCCGAGUGACCUGCCAAUCCGAAGGCAUCAUCCACUGCCGUUACGCGGGACGCCCAUUUCUGUCUGAGAAACAUUUUCGGCCAGAGGCGCCCCACUUGCUCGGGCCGUUUGUACGACUGUGAAGGGGCCCUACCCAUGCUGCUAGGGGCUCCCAGUAACUGUUGUCCUCCCUCAGAUUUCCUGUCCCUACUUGUGCCAUCUGCUACUUAGGUGCUUCAUACAUUAUGCAAAGUCAUGCUCCAGAGUGUUUGUCUUUGAUUAUGUUCCUCUUGUUGACGUUGCCACAACAAUGUGCAACUUUGUUUCCUUUUCCAAACAGUUCUGCCGCAUGUUUAAGAGUCCUGUACCAUUGCUCAAGGAAUAAGCAACUGAAGUGCUAAUGUACACAGAUGCAAUUGAAGAUGUAUGCUGACUCUUUGUAGCAUUCCCACAAACGAGGCCGCGUCCCUUUCCCAAAGAGCGCUUUCCCCUGUUCUCGCAUCGUGAUCGCAGCAACGAAACACAAUCCAAGGACUCGGCAUCUGGAACAAUAUUCCACUCAUGCCCCAGCUGAAGAGUGUUUUUCUGGGUCGAGGGUUAGAAUACCCUUUAAAGGCGAUUAGAAUUGGACUUUUGAAGGCCGUUAAACAUUCAGGCUUGUUCUACCUAGGUGUAAAUGCAGGCAAAAUGCUCAACUUUAGUAGAAUUGGAAUCUGACUUGCUGUGUUGCAGGCAGGCUUUGUAUCUUUGUCGGAAAAAAAGCCUUCAGAAGCUUGCUAGGUUGUUUCUAGAAACAAUAUGGGUAACAUAGAAGCAUGCUGAUCUGAUGACUGCAUACCGUAGGUGAAAGAGUCUGUUCUAUCGAAGAACGCAGGUUCAAACAACUUGCAUUCUCUGCGUUCCUGAUAAGCUGCAGAAGACAGAUGAAACAGAAGUUGGCACCUAAAACUUGCAAUGAGCCUCUAAAUUUUAGAGCUUCAAAGCCACCUAGCUUUGAUCUAAAGACAUAUAUUUUGCAAUUCAUUUGGCCUCAUUGUAUACCAUUGUUUCUCAAUAAUGCAGCACUCCGUCCUGUAUCCAUCGACAAAUCUAUUCUGUUUUUUUUUAUGCGGAGGAUAAACGUUUGGGUUUAAUAGAAGGUAGCAUUGGUCAGGAAAGUGCACCGCUAUAAUAUUUCAGUUUUCUAUUGAUAUACGAAGUCAUCAAAUUUGUUUUUAUUUUAUUCUCCUAUGAAUUUUUUUAAGGUGAACUGCGAUUUGAUGUGAAACUUAGGCAUUGCCUGUUUUUCUUCUAUUGCACAUUAUCUUUUCGUAUAAAUGGGUAUUGAAUCAGACUGUUGCCAUUGGUGUGAGAGUAAAACAUUUCCAUUUGAUCAAUGACAGCCGCCAUUGUGCGAGAUGCAUUGCUAAGCCUGCUGGUGCAAUACCAGUUGAGUGAGACGCGAUUAUUCUUUGAGCAGCUCCAUUCAGCUCUUUUCCUUUGGGUUGCAAUAGUAGCACGAGUGGCUUCUGGAUGUUCUGUAGAGCCUUUGUGUUCUUCCGAGCAUCGUAUUUGAGUGGACGGUUAUUUAUUUUGAGUAAUGCAGCGAGGGUUGCUGUUGGUGUCAAAGAGUUGUUGUAAUAUAAAACAAGUAUGUGGAGUGCGGCUGCGAAGAGAUAGACCUGUAUUAUAAAUUCCCCAAUUAUGCUCCGUGGUGAGGCGGAGAGUGUAAAUGUUUUAUAUAUCGUUAUUUUCUUGUGUCGGUGGCCGUUAUAGUCAGACUUCUACACGACGUCAGGGUGUGUGACAGGUCUCUUAUAGUGUCAUUCAACUUUUGGUUGCUUUUUUUUUUUUGUCUCAUUCUUAUACGUACGUACCCCCAUCCUGUAAAAAAAAACGACAAACAAAAUGCAUGUCUGAAAAGGAAACGAACGGUGAAAUAAGGUCGCCUGAAUUGACAUUGGUUCAGGCAUUCAGUAGGCAGAUGUGUGGACUUGAGCACGCCUAGUCACUCUUCUUUGCAUGCAUCACUGUGGUUAUUUUACUUUCUGUUGUUUUCCAAUUGUAUGUAUGUGUUGUAUAUGAUCACCAGGUGGAUCAGAAUUUCUGCACUUUUUUCUUUAGUUUCCAGCAUCUUUUUCACCUUCCAGAAGCAACCUAGCUCUCCACUUUUCUUCUACAGUUCUUGAGCUUGUUUGUGUUCCUGUUGGUUUAGGAAGGCCUUAGGUGAGUGGCCAUCAUCCUUUACAAGUUCUGCAAGUUCAACUGCGCCUGCCUCGCUUUUAAGUUAUGAACCUCCACAUGGACUGUGCUAGGUUACACUUAAUGAAUGCUUUCGGAAUGUUGGCGCAACUCCGUGCUCCCAAUCUGUACAUUACAUGCAUAUAUGAGUAUAAUUGUGCCCUGUGGGACAUUCUAAAAAGCUCUUUCAUUAAUAAAAUUAAUUUUUAUGGA